ACAACACGGAUUGGUUUAUCGUUGACCAACCAAAUUACUAAUUCUGCAAAAUACAGAAAUCAAAUUCUGUAACGUGAGAACGGUUAAAAUGGACGCCGCUUUGUUGCAGUCAGCGCUGUAGUUAACUAACAGCUACCCAACAAACAACAAAGGAGUCAGCUUGGCUGGACAGCUAGUGCAGCGUAACAGUUCCCCGCCCCCACAAUAGUGAAGUCUGCGAAGAAAAUGGAGCAAUACACCUCCACAACCAGUGGAGAGCAGAUAGUCGUUCAGGCGGCUAAUGGCCCGAUCCAACAGCAGGCACAGGGCACGGUAACAGCUGUACAGCUGCAGACCGAAGCGCCCGUCGCCACGGCGACGGGUCAACAAGUGCAAACGCUCCAGGUAGUCCAAGGCCAACCACUGAUGGUGCAGGUGAGUGGAGGUCAGCUGAUCACCUCCUCCGGGCAGCCCAUCAUGGUACAGGCCAUGUCGGGAGGGCAGGGCCAGACCAUUAUGCAGGUGCCUGUUUCUGGAGCUCAGGGCCUACAGCAGAUCCAGUUAGUGCAGCCAGGGCAAAUCCAGCUACAGGGGGGGCAGACACUGCAGCUGCAGGGGCAGCAGGGCCAGACCCAGCAGAUCAUCAUCCAACAGCCCCAGACUGCCAUUACUGCAGGCCAAAACCAGGGCCAACAGAUCACAGUACAGGGACAGCAGCUUGCACAGACUGCUGAAGGGCAGACUAUUGUGUACCAGCCUGUGAAUGCAGAUGGCACCGUGCUGCAGCAGGGCAUGAUCACCAUCCCAGCAGGCACUCUGGCUGGCACGCAGAUUGUUCAGGCCGCAGGGGGCACCAAUACCUCCACCACCAAUAGUGGGCAAGGAACAGUUACAGUAACCCUGCCAGUGUCUGGCAAUGUGGUCAAUACUGGAGGGAUGGUCAUGGUAAGAGCUUCCAACGAGAUGGUGCCGGGAGGAGGCACGGUGCCCACCAUCCAGCGCAUCCCUCUGCCUGGCGCCGAAAUGCUGGAAGAGGAGCCGCUUUAUGUCAAUGCCAAGCAGUACCAUCGCAUCCUCAAGAGACGGCAAGCUCGCGCCAAGCUGGAGGCCGAGGGCAAGAUCCCCAAAGAGCGCAGGAAAUACCUGCACGAGUCACGUCAUCGGCACGCCAUGCAGCGGAAGCGGGGCGACGGUGGCCGCUUCUUCUCGCCCAAGGACAAAGAGGAGGUGGGCCUAGCGGUGCAGGAGCAGAAUCAGGCUGGAGAGGAAACAGUGGCUCAGAUGAUCCGGGUGUCGUAGCACCAGGUUCGAGAGCCUCCUCGUUCUUGAGUGACUUCGGAAGCCCUACACAACCAAGUGCCCCAAAAUAAAUAAGACCAUAUGAAUAUGGUUAGACCUAGCCCUUAAUGCGAUUGUAUAGCGUUUUGAGUUACAAUGUCCCUCUCCCCUGCUGCCAGCAAGGGCCUGGCUUUAAUCUCUAGGGCGUGCUCAUACCAGUAGUGACAAGCAUAAGGUUGGAAAAUUGCAUUACCUCUAGUGGUUAGUUUGUUGCGUUCAUAAAGCAUGAGACUAACGGGAAGAUGUGGGCAUUGUUACUGUGAUCUGUUCCUCAAAACAGGCCGUAGAAAUCUAUAGUGACAGCUGUCUAGGUAGCUAGUGUACAAAGAUUGAUUUUAAUUUUUGGAGGCUUUAUGUGGCUCUUUUGCAUCUAAAAAGUGAUUUUGUUUAAAAGUACGAUUUGUAGAACCAUGUGACCUAUUUAGUGCAGUUACCUUUGUCUGGUAUUAACUCGAGAUUAGUGUCAGUGUGCUGUGACAUUCUCAGUGAUUUAUUUUUCUUUUUCAAUGGGCCAAAGCAAGGGCUUUUGGAGUUUAACCUGUUCCAGAGGAGCUCUCUCUGGGCCUCUGCCUUGUACAUUACUGAUUUGUAACAUGAAUACCUUUUUGCAUUUAAAUUUUGAUAUGAGGUUUUGUAAUUGGAGAAACUUUUUUCCAAGUUUCAUUUCAUCUCUUUGUGCCCACUGAUUGUAAUUUCUGCAGUACAUAUUUUUCUGUUUAAUUUGAAAUGGCCAUUAUUAACUCCUCUCCUCAAAACCUGCUGUACUGUCAUGGCAGGAACGUGUAGAUACAACUGAUGAAUUCUGAUUGUUAGACAUUUGAAGUCUUUAAACAUGAUCUGUUUUGAUUAAAUUUUGUCUAAUCAAUGAAGAUUUUAA